UGUAAUGUUGUGUUCUCUUGUCCUGUAUUGAUACUUCAGAAUUAUUCUCUGACAUUAGUGAGUCGUCCUCAAACUCCUCUCAAUAUUCAUCACUUAUAGUUUGUGUUCAGAGCUUUUUUAUUUUUUAUAAACUAUGUUCAUCCGACCUGGUUUAUCUGUGCUGAAGGUUUUGCAGUCAAUGUUUUUCAUCAAAUCAAAUAGAAUUCAGUCAAAAGUCCAUGUUGACCCACAGAGAUAAGACAAACACCCCUCGGCAUUCUGGGACGUCUCCCUCACAGCUUUAUUUCACAUUAUGUUCCAUGAGGUGCAGUUUCCCGGGCUGUGAUUGGUCAGGCGUUGCAGCGGCUGGUGUAGCAGCAGGUCCAUCCGCUUCUCGAGCAGUUCUCCAGCCGAGUGCAGCCUUUCUCACCGUUAUCUGCAAACAGGAAAUUCAUCAUUGAGGUUCGGAGUUCUCCCCGGUAACGUUUUGAAUCCGUGUGAUGUUCUCACAAAGAUUCAGAUUUGUAGAAUCAUUUAAUGUCUAUAAGUUCAAAACCACUUUCAACUUUUAAUCUUUCCUUGUUUAAGGUCAAAGUUCACAAGGAAUUAUACUGCAAAUAUUAUUUAAUUCAAAUUCAUCUUUCUAUUUAUAUAAAUGUAUAAAGUUUCCUGUUCACAGUGUGACUGAUGGUAUCGAUGUUUCUGAACUUGAUGUAAAGGACUCACCUCUGGUGUAACAGGCCUGUUUGACUGCACUGGAGCAGUCGAGCAGCAAGUUGUUCACCAUCAGAAAGUCCUCACCAUAACACUGGAUGGAAAACUGUUGAGCUGCAACACAAACACAAACACAAACGGGUCGCACACAGCUGAGACACAUGUUGUGGAGCCUUCAGGAGACAGAGCAGCUACCUGAGAGCAGCGGCAGCAGCAGCAGCAGCAGCAGCUGAAUCUUCAUGGUUCUGGUUUUCUGUUCGUGUGACUGAAGCUGAACUGACGAGUGGAACGACUCUGGACUUUUAUCUGAAGCAAAACACACAAACACAAAGGUUCACUGAAGCGUCACAAACUGCUGUUGUUUGACUAAACUUUGAUCAUUCCUGGAUUUGACUCAUGUGUCCAUAUUGGAUGAGAAGGUGAUUCUGCUGAGUCAUGACCAGGGUCGCUGAGUUUUACGUAACAUGAGUAUUCAUUGACCGGGUCGCAAGGGACCUUCUAUACGGAGUCUAUGUCUACAUUAAAAAGAUACAAGCAUGUGUUUUUAUUACAUUAACGAAUACAUAUAUAUCUUGGAUCUAGCCUAACCCUAGUUAUUAGUGCAGAUUUGAACCAACAGAGCGUCCACGUAUCAGGGGGCUCUUAGAGAAAGAGGCGGAGCCUGGACCAAUAACCCUUUUGGUUUGCAGUAAUCUUCUUUGUAAAGUGUUUCAGUGAAGUUCCUGAAGAUGAAUCAGGGGCAGGAACAUGCAGGUGAUGAUCAGGUUUGGUCCAAACAACUGCAGCAGGAAACAUCAUGACUCAGAGACGUUUCUUUCUGAAUGAGAUGCAGCAUCAUGGGGUUCCAGCUUGGUGUUCUACCUUCAGUUCCUUCAGCUCUUUGUUCCAAUGAAGCCCAUCAGCUUCCCUGAGGCUGCUUCUUCUUCUCAGGAACAUCUCUGUGGUGCACCCGUCGUCCUCCUGGUUCCCUCGUGGUGUUGUUAAAGACGUUUUUUAUUCAAGGUAUGGUCGUGAAAUGUAUAACUACAAAGAAGUCAGUGAUAAAUAAAGAUCCUCGGAUGAUAAAUCUAACGUCCCUGUUCGUGUUGUUUAUUAAACAAACACUAAUAAAUAUGUUAAAGUACAGAUGACAGCAGAUGGAAGAUCGAUGCCUCUGAUUGGUUCCUUCCUCUCAGAAGAUAAGAUACAUUUAUUGGUGCACAUGCAAAUGGGGGAAACUUGUUCUCUGCUUUUGUCCCAUCUGGUGAACACAGGAGGACACACAGAGCAGUGGGCAGCCAUGCACAGCGCCCGGGGAGCAGGUGUUGGGGGAGUAAGGUGCCUUGCUCAGGGGCACUUAGACAGUGGGGAACAGAUCCAGGUGUUUUCCAUCCAGGUAUGUUUUUGUGUUGUUACUCCGUGGAAUCGAACCAGAGACCACCGUUGGAUCUCUGCCACUAGUCCACCGUCUCUCCCAGGCCAGGACUGAAGAGUCAUGUGAUCAGCUAAUACAUGGCUGAUAUGCAGAGCAUGCUGGGAAAUUAUGGGGCCAAAUGUUUUGAUCAUUUGAAGAAAUGGAAAUUGAAAAUGUUCAAAUGUGUUAAUUGUUAAUUGUGUUAAGUUAAAAUGAUUGAUUGAUAAUUGCUUUAUCCAAUUCAGAUCUAUGUUCCUUCUGUCAUGGCGUGAUAUUAAUUUCAGAUGAAAACGGUGAGCUCUUCAACAGAAGUUCAGCAGGAAGUCACUGUGCUGACAGGAAGUGAUGUCACACUUGUGUAGAAGAGGCUGAUUGGUAGGUGUGUGUCUGAUGUGUGUGGUUUGUCACAGGAAACACACAAACUUGUUGCACAAAGACAGUGAAGAUGGGAGAGAAGCUGCUGCUGCUGCUGCUGGCCGCUCUGGAGAUGAGUGUGAUCUGCAGCCUCCAUCGUGGCCUCCAUCGUGGCCUCCAUCAUGACCUCCAUCCUGGCCUCCAUCCUGGCCUCAUUCGCGGCCUCCAUCGUGGCCUCCAUCCUGGCCUCCAUCCUGGCCUCCAUCCUGGCCUCCAUCGUGGCCUCCAUCCUGGCCUCCAUCCUGGCCUCCAUCGCGGCCUCCAUCCUGGCCUCCAUCACGGCCUCCAUCCUGGCCUCCAUCGUGGCCUCCAUCCUGGCCUCCAUCCUGGCCUCCAUCCUGGCCUCCAUCGUGGCCUCCAUCCUGGCCUCCAUCGUGGCCUCCAUCCUGGCCUCCAUCGCGGCCUCCAUCCUGGCCUCCAUCCUGGCCUCCAUCCUGGCCUCCAUCAUGGCCGCUCCAUGCCCGGCUCUCUGUCCAACAUCAGCAGGGACGACCGCAGCCUCCAGCAGGUCGUGCUCGCCGCCACCUACUCCUUCAACAACCAAUCAAAUGAUGCGUUCCUCUUCAAGCCGUCUGCCAUCCACCGAGCGCAGCGACAGAUCGUUAAAGGAAUUCGUUACAUCGUAGAUUUGGACAUUUCCAGAACUGUUUGUUGUAAACGAGACGGCGGCGACUUGUCGCAGUGUCGCUUCCAACCCGAAGGUCGACUACACCAGGUGUUUCAGUGUCACUCCGUCAUUUGGGUGAUUCCCUGGAGACACGAGACAAACAUUCAGAUUUUCUACUGUAAAUCCAGAAGCUUCCGGAUCCGAUGAACCACGUGGUCACAUGGUCUCACCUGUCCGUCAUCGAGUCAACACUUUGCAAGCAAUAAAAGCUGUCUAAUAAUAAUCUGCUUAUUUCAUUUACAUAGGAAUGAUGAUCUCAUUGAGGUGAAAGAUCAUCUAACUUAAUAAUUCACAUUUAGUUUUCACAUUUUUCAAUCAAAAUCUGAAUUACACAUCAAUCUUCAGUCAAGUUUCAAAUAAACCUGAAAACAUCAGUGGAAAGUCUCGACCAUCUUACGGGGGGGUAUGCUGCAGAUGGGGGGGGGGGGGGGAUAGUUUUAAUCUUUGUCCCGUUGUUACUGGUUUUAUUCUGGAAGAUUGAUGUGCACUUCCUGUUAUAAGCAGGUUGGUGGUUGGGACUCUUGUUUUGAAAGGGGUUCUAAUGGAACCGUUUUAAGCAACACUAUACGUCACUAUCUCGAAAAAACAGGAACAAAAAAAGAUGAAAAACAGGAUUUUUAUAUAUAUUUUUUUUUUUUUCGGAAUUUGCUAGUAUCUCCUUUUAAAUAAUUUCUAAAUGAAAUUGUUAUAAAUAUUCUACAAUUUGUUUGUAAAAAUCUAAAAAUGUAAAUUGAAUCUACACUGAAUAAAUAACCAGGAUUAUUCUGUU